AUGUCUCUCAAGGGUCCUUCUCCGCAACACCACGAUGGCUCUAGCCUGCGCAUCGGCAUUGUCCACGCUCGUUGGAACUCAACCAUCAUCGACCCUCUUGUGACCGGUGCCAAGGCGAAGCUCCUCGCAGCUGGCGUUAAGGAGUCCAAUAUUGUCAUCCAAUCUUGCCCUGGCUCCUGGGAGCUUCCCAUUGCCGUCCAGCGCCUGUUCUCCGCUUCUCAAAUCCAGGGCACCUCAACUGGUGGUCCCUCGGCAACCGACCUCCUGGCUUCGUCCACUACCGAUCUCACCUCUCUUCCCGCCUCCUCAGGCGCCUUCGAUGCCAUCAUCGCCGUCGGCGUUCUAAUUAAGGGAGAGACCAUGCACUUUGAGUACAUUGCCGAAUCAACUUGCCAGGGCCUUAUGCGUGUGCAGCUCGACACUGGCGUUCCCGUCAUUCUUGGUGUCUUGACCGUUUUGACCGAGGACCAAGCGAAGGCUCGUGCCGGUGUUGACGGUAAGGGUCACAACCAUGGAGAGGAUUGGGGUCUUGCUGCUGUGGAGAUGGGUGUCAAGAGAAAGGAGUGGGCCAAUGGCACCAUUGAUGGUUAA